UAUAUUUCUCUUGAAAUUGUGAAAGAAAGGAUAAGUGCGAAUCAUCAAGCAUCAGGAUGAUCAAAUUUGGUCCCGUAGGGAUAUUCUCCAGCAAUGGACAGACAUAUGAUCAUUGGGAUUAUAACGGUCGUGGCGAAAUCUCUCACAUAUAUUUAACAGCGGACGAUAUAGGCAUACAUAUGAUCCAAUUCCAAUACAUUGAAGAUGGAAAACAUGUGCUAACGAGUCCAUAUGGUGCGACGUGGGACCAGUACCAUAGCGGAGGUUAUUUUUUGUCGAACCACACUAUCGAGUUGGACCAUCCGAACGAGUACCUCACCGGAAUCAACGGCAGAGUGAGCACGUACAUCGGCUCCGCCUCUCCGACCAUCAAGACUCUCGGAUUCACCACCAAUUUGAAGGAGUACGGACCAUUUGGUCGAACGUCUUGUUCCAUUUCCCGAGUUGAUCCCGUCAAACCCUUCAGGUUUGAGCUGGGAAAGUCUCGUCAGUUUGGCGGUUUCUACGGGUCGUACAACAAGUACGGUCUUCAUGGCAUCGGUGUUUAUCUCAGGCCCAAAGCCUCAAGUGUUAAGGUGGAAAAGACUUGAAGAAGAUGUCGCUUCUGUUUAGAUUUAUAUCCUGUCUUUGGUUGAAAGUAAAUAAGUCAGAACUAUGUGUUAUGUCUGCUUAAGACCUAAGACGUU